GAAACUCACCCACCAGAUUAAUUUGAGUCAUCCUUCUUCUCCUUUUCCUUUCCUUUCUGGUUCUUCUUUGAUUUAUCCUUCAAAUUACUUAAUUAGUAUGAAUCGAGCAACUGGAUCAUCUUCUUCCUCACGUUUUAGAUCCAGUUUUGAUGUAUUUUUAAGUUUUCGAGGGGAAGAUACUCGUCCCAACUUCACCAGUCAUCUUUGUAUGGCUUUGCGUCAAAGAGGAAUCAAUGUUUUUAUAGAUAAUAAGCUUUCAAGGGGUGAAGAAAUUUCUACAUCUCUUUUGAAAGCUAUUGAAGAAUCCAAGAUCUCCAUUGUUAUAAUCUCUGAAAAUUAUGCAUCUUCAAGUUGGUGUUUGAAUGAAUUGGUGAAAAUCAUUACGUGUAACAAAUUGAGAGGACAAGUCGUUUUACCAAUUUUCUACAAAGUGGAUCCAUCUCAGGUAGGAAAACAAAGUGGAAGAUUUGGAGAAGAAUUUGGGAAACUUGAAGUUAGAUUCUCGUGGGACAAGAUGGAAGCAUGGAGGGAGGCCAUGAUUUCUGUUUCUCAUAUAUCUGGAUGGACGGUUCUUCAAAAAGAAGACGAGGCGAAUUUGAUUCAAAAAAUUGUUCAAGAAGUCUCGAAGAGAUUAAAUCGUGGAGCAAUACAAUUGCGUAUAGCUAAAUAUCCAAUUGGAAUAGACAGACAAAUUAAUAAUAUACUCUUUCAAGUUACGUCUGAUGAAAAAAUUACUAUGGUUGGAUUUUAUGGAAUUGGAGGUAUUGGGAAGACAACUUUGGCCAAAGCAUUAUACAAUAAAAUUGCUAAUGACUUUGAAGGAUGUUGCUUUUUGGCAAAUGUUAGAGAAGCUUCAAAUCAAUACCGGGGUCUUGUUGAACUCCAAAAAGAGCUACUUCGUGAGAUUCUAAUGGAUGAUUUAAUCAAAUUUAGUAAUCUUGAUGUAGGAAUUAGCAUCAUAAGAGAUCGACUAUGCUCAAAAAAGAUUCUUUUGAUUCUUGAUGAUGUUGAUACAAGUGAACAACUAGAAGCAUUAGUGGGAGAACAUGAUUCAUUUGGACCAGGAAGUAUGGUCAUUGUGACAACAAGAAACAAACAUGUACUUGUUAUUCAUGAAUUUGAUAUAUUGCAAAGUGUUCAGGGAUUGAAGGAUGAUGAAGCCCUCAAGCUUUUUAGCUGGCAUGCUUUUAAGCAGAGUUGUCCAUCAAGUGAUUAUUUAGACCUUUCAAAACGUGCCGUACGUUAUUGUGAUGGUCUUCCCUUGGCUCUUGAAGUUGUAGGUUCAUUCCUUCACUCCAUCGAACAAUCCAAAUUUAAACUUAUAUUGGAUGAAUAUGAAAACCAAUACCUUGACAAGGGCAUACAAGAUCUUCUUCGAAUAAGUUACGAUGGACUUGAAGAUGAAGUAAAAGAAAUUUUUCUUUAUAUAUCUUGUUGCUUUGUAGGAGAAGAUAUCAACGAAGUUAAAACGAAGUUAGAAGCAUGUGGUUGUUUAUGUUUGGAAAAGGGAACAACAAAACUCAUGAAUCUAUCACUUCUUACCAUUGAUGAACAUUCCAACCGGAUAGAAAUGCAUGACUUAAUACAACAAAUGGGUCGCACAAUUCAUCUUUUGGAGACUUCUACAUCUCAUAAAAGAAAAAGAUUGUUGAUUAAAGAUGAUGUUAUGGAUGUCUUAAGUGGCAAUAAGGAAGCAAGAGGAGUUAAAGUUAUAAAAUUAAAUUUUCCUAAACCUACAGAGUUGGAUAUUGAUUCAAGGGCUUUUGAAAAAGUGAGAAAUUUGGUAGUACUGGAUAUCCGCAAUGCCACAUCUUCAAAAAGUACUGAUCUUCAAUAUCUACCUAAUAGCUUAAGAUGGAUUAAAUGGCCUCAUUUUCCUUUUUCAUCUUUGCCUUCAACCUACACAAUGGAUAACCUUAUCCAAUUGAAAUUGCCACAUAGCUCCAUCAAACAUUUUGGGAAAGCAUUCAUGUGUGGUGAAUGGUUGAAGGAAAUUGAUCUUCGUGCCUCAAAGUUUUUAGUGGAAAUUCCUGAUUUAACUACUGCAGUAAACCUCAAAAAGUUGGAUCUUGAAGGGUGUAUAAAUUUAGUAAAAGUUCACGAAUCUGUUGGAUCUCUCAAUAAGCUUGUCGAGUUUUAUCUUUCUAGUAGUAUUAAGGGCUUUGAGCAGUUUCCAUCACGGCUCAAGUUGAAAUCUCUUAAAAAAUUUGAAUUAUACAAUUGUAGAAUAGAUGAAUGGUGUCCUCAAUUUAGUAAAGAAAUGAAUUGUAGCCUAGAAAUGUUGGAGAUUUAUAAUAGUACUGUAAUUAAUCAGCUAUCUCCAACAAUUGGAUAUCUUUCCAGCCUAACAAAAUUGUAUAUCAGGAACUGCAUGGAGCUCAAAACUCUUCCAAGUACAAUUCAUCGUUUAAGUAAUCUUACUUCUUUAAGUGUCCUUAGUUCUGAUCUUUCAGUCUUUCCAUCCUUGAAUGAUCCUUCUUCACCUUCCUUAUGUCCCUACCUAACAUCAUUAAUGCUUGCUGAUUGUAAGAUAACAAAUUUGGAUUUCUUAGAAACAAUGGUUCAUGUUGCCCCUUCUUUGAAAGAGUUGGACUUAUCUGAAAACAACUUUUGUAGACUACCCUCGUGUAUAAUUAAUUUUAAAUCCUUGAAAUAUAUUUAUACAAUAGGUUGUAAGUUGCUUGAAGAAAUUCCAAAUAUUCCAGAAGGAGUAGUUUGUAUGGAUGCUGGAGGGUGUGUAUCAUUGGCCAGAUUUCCAAACAACAUACAUAGUUUCAUAUCUUGUCAUGAUAAUAAUGUGGAAUAUGAACGUGGACUAAGCAAAGAACUCAUAUUAAUGAAUUGUGAAAUUCCAGAUUGGUACAGGUACAAGAGUAUGAACAAUUCAAUAACGUUUCUUUUGCCAGCAGAUCAUCUAAGUUGGAAACGGAAGGCUUUAUUUGUUCCUUGUUUCAAAUUUGAAGUUACUAAUUAUGAAGAUUGGCGCUUUGCGUUGAAAUGUAAAGUGUUUAUCAACGGUAUUCAAGUAUGGGAUAGCCAGUCCUCGUUGACCUGUUUCCCGGAUUGGGGAAGAAGUUUUCGUGGAUAUGAUGAAUCAAGAGGUGGUGAGUACAUGUCGAUGAUUGUAAUUGAUCCUUGUUUGCACUUCCACCCUUUUGGGGAUGAUAAUAUGGACAACUCCCGGGAGAUUGAUCUAAAUCAACCAUGUUUUGGGAUUAAUUCCUCGGGAAGUAAUUUGGAUGAAUUUAAGUUUGAGGUUGAACCAUUUCCUGAAUUACGGGAUGUAAUUAUAAAAAUGUUUGGUGUUCAUAUUAUCACGAGGGAAUGAACAUUAUGCACCUUUCAAGUUGUAUUUGUAGGAUAUUAUUGUAUAUGUAAGAUUUAAGUUUUCACAUGAUUGAUUAUUUGAACCAUUUGAUUGCAGUA